AUGCAUUACCUGAAACCCCAGGUCAAAGGUGAGGCCGCGUCGUUAAUCGCUAACAUACAAGUCACGGAUGACGCGUUUCAAUCGGCUUGGGAACUAUUAAACACUCGCUACACCAACCCACGCAGGUUACUCGACAUGCAUGUCGAUGAAUUACUGUACCGACAACCGCUAACUGGCCACUCCGCUGCCGAUCUCGACGCCUUGUUACUCGCUAAUAAGAAGUCGCUGGACGCCAUCGCUGCCUUGGGAGUACCAAUCAACGAUUCUGAUCCGUUUUUGAUUCGCUUGACGGUACACUGUUUGCCAGAAGACCUCCGUGUGGAGUGGAUGGCCUCGCUAGGACUCUCUAACGAAUUCCCGACCUACCAGCAGCUGCACGAUAUGCUGAAGGCCAAAGUACGUGCUUGGGAAAAUUCGGGCGUUGGCGCAAGAGCUUCCUCAACUCAAUCAAAGGCAGUUACCGACCGACCACAACCACCGAAGACAUAUUCGCGAUCAGCCGCUACCAACAAGGCCGGUAGUGCCACGAGUAAAUCCGCUACCCCCUCCAAGGUAUCUACUUCGAGAGGAGGCGCCAGCUAUAACGCUUUCACUCCGAAAGAGAAGACGAGUGAACCAGGACUGUGUCCUAUUUGCAAGCAAAAACACUUUGUGUUGUUUUGCCCCAGUUACCAAGAGGCGUCGCCACAAAACCGGAAGAUGAUGAAGCCACAUCAUACAUCGACACACAUCGAUGAUGGUGCUGUCGCUAAAUCAGUACAGGAACCGACUGUACCACCACAAGCACCAGCUGCACACAUAAUCAACGCUAAAAUAAGGAAGGGUAAUAACAAUGACCCAAUCGCUCAGUCAACGACGCUUGGCUGGAUCAUCUAUGGAUCUGUGGACACCGCUACAUCAAAAUUGACAGCUUAUGGUCAUCAUGUUACUGUUGAUGAUCAAUUACAAGACUUGCUGAGCAAGUUUUGGUACCAAGAAGAACCACAGACAGAAUUCGCUAUACACUACAAUGAAGAUGAAGAAAAGUGUGAACAACACUUUGUCAAUACACACUACAGACAGACUGAUGGUCGAUAUGUCGUUCGCUUGCCGCUUAAAUCUCCUCCAAGUCAACUGGGUGACUCGCUACGAGCUGCACAAUACGCUUUACUACGUCUUCGCAAACGUCUGGAUAAUGAUCCAAUCUACAAGAAGUUAUACUACGACGUCUUGAAAGAAUAUGAAGACUUGGGGCACAUGAGACGCGUAAAAUUAAAGGAUUUACCACCAAACAGCUACAUGUUGCCUCAUCAUGGGGUUCUUAAAGAACAGAGCACUACCACCAAGCUCAGGGUGGUAUUCAAUGGAUCAUGGAAAACGACAUCAGGCGUAUCAAUUAACGAGAUACUCCAUGUGGGCCCCAAGAUUCAAGUUGACAUCAGUGAUGUACUGAUUCGCAUUCGCUGUCACCGCUAUCUAUUCGCUACUGACGUAACUAAGAUGUUUCGUCAGAUUGCAGUUGACAAGGAAGAUCAUCAUCUUCAGUGCAUACUCUGGUUUGACGAGGAUGACAUCCCAAUAGUAUUUGCACUCGCUACGGUUACUUAUGGAACCACAUCAGCUCCAUAUCUCGCUGGAAGAGCACUUUUACAACUCGCUGAAGAUAAAGGAAAUAAAUUUCCAAAGGCUGUUGAACCGCUGACAAACACCCGCUACGUUGAUGACAUCUAUGGAGGCGCAGACGAACUCGCUGAGGCAAUUGAAGUUGCUCUCGAUACAAAAAAUAUGUGUGCCGCAGGAUGCUUUCCGCUUGCAAAAUGGGCAAGUAAUUCAACAGAAUUAUUGUCUCAAGUCGCUCCAGUGGAAACCCAAGAAGAUACACCACGAGAACUUGGGGAUACUACAGUAAAGGUGCUCGGUUUAACCUGGAAUUCUACUCAAGAUAAAUUCCAAUUCGGUUAUUCGCUACCAGAAGCAUCUCCAACUACUAAACGCACAAUUUUAUCUGAAAUUGCUUGCUUGUUCGACCCGCUUGGGUUUUUGGCACCUAUCAUCGUAAGAGCCAAGAUGUUCAUGCAGAAGCUAUGGCUGCAGAACUUCGAUUGGGAUGCUACGCUAUCACCGUUGCUUCUUCAAAAGUGGACUUUGUUUCGAGAUGAACUACAUCAGAUCUCGAAGAUUCAGAUACCUCGCUGGAAUCAUGUAAGAACUGGUGUAUCGAUUGAAUUACAUGGAUUCUCUGACGCUUCUCAACUCGCUAUGGCUGCUGUCGUCUACUUAAAGGUUACUGACGCUACAGGAAGCUUCAAUAUUUCGCUAGUGUGUGCCAAAACACAAGUUGCACCACUGAAACCAAUUUCAAUACCAAGAAUGGAGCUCAACGCCGCUGUCUUACUCGCUCAACUGGUACUCUACAUCAAGAAUGUCUUGAAGCUUGAAAAUGUACCAAUUUUCAUGUGGACAGACUCCGCUGUAUCCUUAACGUGGAUACGAAACAACCCCGCUAGAUGGAAAGUCUACAUUCGCAACAGAGUUACCAAGUUUCAGGAAUCGCUACCAAGUGUCAACUGGGAUUUUGUUCCUGGGAAACUCAACCCAGCUGACUGCGCUUCGAGAGGUUUAACAGCAGCUAAACUAGAACAGCAUUCGCUAUGGUGGACGGGACCUAAGUGGCUCAGACAAUCAAAAGAAAACUGGCCAUCUUUUGACAUCCCUACUCAGACGGUAUCACAUCUUGAAGAACGUCCAGGUCUGGUUUUUACCAUCUUCAAGGCAGAUUCACACCCGCUACAUACGCUAUUGGACAAAUUCUCUAAGUUGUCACCACUACUUCGCACGCUUGGAAUCUGUCUACGUGCCAUCGCUAAAUUUAAAAAAGUGCCACAGUCCACACUGGCCACACCACUAUCUACAGUCGACCUGGAACUCGCUAAAACUUUGCUGAUCAAGUAUACGCAAAGUCAGUACUAUUCGCAAGAGCUGAAACUACUGAAAGAUGGUGAUUCUCUACAACGAAAUCAUCAUCUCGCUAAAUUGAUUCCCUACGUCGACUACAUUGGAGUACUCAGAGUCGGCGGUCGCUUGAAGAAUUCGCUACUGGAUGAUGAUCAGAAAAAUCCAGCUAUUUUACCAAGAUCAUCACGCUUAAGUACGCUACUCAUAGAACAUUCGCAUCAAAAAACAUUCCAUGGGGGAACUCAAUUGACUCUCGCUGAUCUACGGAGAUCUGUCUGGAUAGAAGGUGGGCGUGUUCCAGUCAGGUCUCACAUUCUUCGCUGCGUCGUGUGCACGAGACAUAGAGGUGUUCGUGCACAACAACUAAUGGGACAAUUGCCAUCCGCUCGUGUAAGACCAUCGAAAGCAUUCUUACACACGGGAAUAGAUUACGCUGGGCCAGUAGCACUGAAGACAUUUCAAGGUCGAGGUGCGAAAACCUAUAAAGGUUGGAUCGCUGUUUUUGUAUGUCUCGCUACCUCCGCUAUACACAUUGAAAUUGUCACCGAUUAUUCUACUGACGCUUUCGUCGCAGCAUUUAGAAGAUUUACUAAUCGGAGAGGCGCCUGCAGUACCCUAUACUCGGACUGUGGUACAAAUUUUGUAGGAGCAGACGCUACGCUAAAGAGAGAAUUCGCAGCAGGAUCGAGACAGCUACGGGAACUUCAGUAUUUACUCGCUACAGAUGGCACAGACUGGAAGUUCAACCCGCCAAGUGCUCCCCAUUUUGGUGGCAAGUGGGAAGCAGCCGUCAAGUCAAUCAAGUUCCAUCUCAUUCGAACUACUGGUGAAUCGAUAUUGACUUACGACCAACUCGCUACAGUUUUAACGCAGAUUGAGGCUGUAUUAAACUCAAGACCGAUCGCUCCGCUAUCCGAAGAUCCUGCAGACUUAACCGCUUUGACUCCUGGACACUUUCUCAUCGGUGAACCGCUAAUCGCUGUACCAGGACCUUCACUACUGGAAAACAAUACCACUACGUUGUCACGCUGGCAACAAUUACAACAAAUGUUCUAG